UGGAGCAGGGCAGGGGCAGGGCCAGGCACUGAAGCGAGGCAAGGCCCAGAGGGAGCCAGUUCCGGGGCACUCAGUCAGCUGCCCGCUUCACCCACCAUGGUGCUGCUGCCUCUGCCCUGGCUGGCCCGGUGCUGCUACCGGUGCCUUCUGCGGCCGUCCUGGGCCCUGGCGCGCCAAGGCUCCGGGAGGUGCUGCUCUCAAAGCCCUGCUGCAAGCACUCCAGAGGCCACCAGUUCCGCAGAUGAGAAGAUAAGGACACCCCCCAGGGGCGCACGGCCCCGCCCCUCCGUGGAGCUGACCCAGGCGGAGGAGCUGCUGGAGCAGCAGCUAGAGCUGUACCAGGCUCUGCUAGAAGGGCAAGAAGGUGCUUGGGAAGCCCAGGCCCUAGUGCUCAAGAUCCAGAAGCUAAAGGAACAGAUGAGACGACACCGUGAGAGUCUUAGGGACAAUGCCUAAA